AUGCAUGUCCCUUUGGUGUUUCUUGUUUUUGUGUUAUACACAUUUAAAGAAACAUGUGAGGCUUCAGUAGCCGAGAAUUCUGGGCUAGGAAAAGUGAUAGAUCUUCGAAAGGUCAACAUACUGGCCGACUUUCAGGAGCAAGAGAACAGGAUCUUUGAGGAGCUCCCCCCGAAAUGUCUCGUAAAGAAAACUUUGAAGUCUUCAAGCAGCCACUUCGAAUAUUAUGCAAAUACCAAGGAAUUUUAUAAAUCACUUGCCACCCAGUCAAGCUUGAGCGCCUCUUUACAGUCCGCCUACUCGUUGGGUGUUACGGUAUCAGUAGCAACAAAGAGCAAAAGUUCACAGAACACUGAAGUGAGUGGCAUGUCUUUAAUCAAGCAGGCGUUAACAGAAAAGAUCUAUGUCGAUAAAGAAUGUCUUCUGAAUGACAUCACCGACUUGAAGGAAACAUUUCUGAGUGACCUGGAGGACUUGCCCGUAAACAUCCAAAAUCCCUGGGAAACAAACUCAUGGAGAGAGUAUUAUGAUUUUCUUAAGGAAUACGGCUCUCAUGCCAUAACGUCUGUGAAGCGCGGAUCAAGAUUUCAGCAGAUGACAUUCGCAGAGAGCUCUAAGGCCUACACUGAAAGAGAUUUCCAAGUAAAAGCUUGCAUUUCGGUCGCAGGACCUUCCCAGGUUGGAAAGGUUGGCGUUUCCGCAUGUUCAAACGUAAGCCAAAGUGAGAUAUCCAAAGCGAACGAGAUGAGAACAAGCGAGAAACGCUUUGUCAGAGGUGGAAAAAGGGAAACAAAUAGCAAGCUGGUAAACGAAGCGAUGUCGGUUGAAUUGCUUGGCCAACUCAUGGAUGAAGCAGAUGAAUUUCCAGCGUCUGUUCAGCACACCUUCAUGGCGAUCUGGACCAUCCUAAAGAGCCGAUUUAAACAGGGAUCUCCUAACAAUAUCCGAGCCACAAACCUAGAGUACUACUACCUUGGGUUCUUGAAUUAUGGUUGUCCCUUCAAAAGUAGCUCUGGACUUGCCAUACAAAAAUUUGACCAUACCAGAGGUUCCAGUGAGAAGUAUCCAGAAUUCGAGUGUACCCUGGCAAAAGAGGGUUGCCACAAUGAUGAUGACUGUCACUACAAACCCGUUUGGUGCUCCUGUCGUGGUCCAACAUGUGUCCAUUACAAGAAAGUCAAACAAGGUGCAGGUGACUCUAAGGUAACUGCAGACCCAAACACAUCAGAAGAUUGGGGGUGGCAUGGUUGCGAUUGGAAAGUUGCGGGAUCUUGGUGCAAGUGCUAUAAUAAAAAUCGUGAUCAGCGGAAAACUGUGUGGCCCUUGCCAAACAGAGAUGCCGCUACACAUAAAGCAGCAACCAAAACCGCUGACAAAAAGGGCGGAAGAUUACUGUUUCGAAAGUACACCGCUGGGCAACAGAAUUGA